AUGAACAAUACAACGAUAAAUGAUACUAGCAUUACUGCCAGUGAUGAUCAAACUGAUUUAAUUACAUUUAUCAAUCUUCUAAACAAAAUUAUCUCACAAUAUGGUUUAGGUCUUAUCUGGUUUAUUGGUAAUAUUGGAUCAGUUCUGACUUGUAUGGUGUUUUAUCAACCAACUUACGAUAAAAGUCCUUGUGCUAUGUAUUUUCUCGUUUCGAGUUUUGCACAAUUUUUUACUUUUAAUUUUCCUCUUCUUACUCGCUUGCUUCAAUAUGGUUAUGAUAUUAAAACCGUUAACAUUUCUCUAGGGUAUUGUAAAUUUCGGUAUUAUUGUUUCUAUGUUUCUGUAGCCAUUCCUCGUUAUGCAAUCGUCAUAGCUUCAAUUGAUCGUUAUUUCGCCAGUUCUCGUAAUGCUCUUCGUCGACAAUGGAGUUCACCAAAGAUUGCUUUUCGUCUUAUUAUCGGCAAUAUAAUUCUCUGGUGUAUUAUAUACAUUCAAGUUCUUGUCUUCUACGAAAUUAGAGAUCAUAGUUGUCAACCACAAGCAGGUGCCUAUGGAAUGUUUUUUAGUAUCUAUAUUUCUAUUGAUAGUGGAAUUCUUCCUACACUUCUCAUGCUUAUCUUUGGUCUACUAACUGUUCGCAAUGUUCAUCAAACUAGAAAACGAAUUGGAAUAGUUAGAGAAACGAAUGAUGGUCGUCCAAUUCAAACUGGCAAAAUAUCAAAGAAAGAACUUCAAUUACAUAAAAUGAUAGCAAAUCAAAUUAUUCUAUAUAUUAUUUUUAACAUACCUAAUCCAUGUUAUCUUGUUUAUAAUGCAUUUACUAUUAAUACAGAAAAAUCAUCAGCUCGUCAAACAAUAGAAGUAUUUAUCAAUAAUAUGACAUAUCUACUAGUCUAUUUUGGAUUUUCAUUAACAUUUGCAACCUUUGUUGUAUCAUCCGGUAUCUUCCGACGUGAAUUUCUACAGCUUAUUCGAACGAAGAUACUUCGUCAACCUCUCAUACAAAUAAAAACUAGUGGAAGAACAAGAGUAAAACUUCGUCGUCAAAAUGAUUAA